GUCUAACAAGAAAACCACACCCCCGACAAUCGUCUAAAUUCACAUCCUUAACUCGUUUAUGAAUAGAAAAAUCAUAGCGAUUGAUUCAAGAUGACUUCACGAACUAUGUUAGCAUUAUCUCUUUUCUUCACAAUCAUCACCGCAACUUCAAUACCGAUAUGUAUUUCCGAUUCCAGCGCGACAUCCUCUUUCAAUAUAUCUUCUCUAUCAAAAUAUACCACCCAAUUCUGCACCCAAAUCGCCUCUAGCAAUUUUUCAUCCACGGCCAGGAACUACAAUAUAGAAUCCCCCUCAAACUCCAUCAUUUCCUUUGUCUUCACAUCUGCAGCAACGUCAUGCCCGGGAAAUAGUUCCGCAAGCGACUGCGAGAUCGUCUAUAAUCAUCUUUUCUCUACUUGCGGCGAGAACAGUUCCUCAAUCGCAGGAUCCGGCUCCAUUAAUACGGGGUGUGGUGUAUAUAAUUUCCAACUCGUGAACACGACUUCCAAGAGUGCGAAUUCGACGAGUGGAUCGAGUGAGAGUGGAAGUAGUAAGGCUAGCGCGGUUAGUUAUUGUACAGUCACUGGCAGCGUGCUGUUUGGCGUGGCGGCAUUUUUUGGCUGGUUCCUAUGAAAAGUGUUUUUGUGUUCGAAAUUGGAGAUGAUUGAUCGACUACCAGAUUUCGAGUUAUACUUUUUGUAGUUUUGAUCGAUAUGGUUGAGAAUGAAUGGUUCAUUGAGAUUUAUUACGCCAAUGCGCAGGAAUCUCAAUUAAUAAGAUAGGUGAUCGUA